UCACGGAAACCCCUGUGCCCCCAUUCCUCAGCGUCCCCCGACAUGGAAAUCCUGACCAGCACCAAGCCCAGGGUCUAUUCCCUGCUCCCGCCUCAGCUGAAGCCGUACAGCUGUUGCCUGAGUAGAGAAAGGGAUUGGAUUUCACAGGCUGUGUAAUCUGCGACAGUGCUCUUUGCCUUGGGGAUAGCAGCGAGCCUCACCCAGGCUCAGCCAUCCCCUUUCUGCCCGUGAGGAACGCCCCGGUCGACAUAGAAGGAAAAUUGUUUGCUGAAUUUCAGCACAGCCCUCCUUCCAAUUGCUGGAGAGAGAGGGGGAGUGAGAGAGAGUUUAAGGCAGGCUCUGCACGGGUGUUCUGGGCUAUUUCAACUUCAGGGCAACUUUAGAGAACUUCAGUUAUUUUUGGUUCUGGACGACAGCUGAGAGCGGCCGAGCCCCCGGGAGAUGCUGAUGGCGAUGCAGAUGCAGAGGAGGAAGAUUCUGUUAAUGAAGUGGCAGUAGAAGACAUUCGUCCAAGGCCACAAGGAUCCUCUCCAGUUUAUGAAUAUCCCGUAGAAGAAGACUAUUUAAAGCUUCAAGAAGCAAACAAAAAACAUUCUACAGACAAAUCAAAGCAGGAGACAAUGGAAGUGACCCUGAAAACAGAAGUGGAAGCUGGAGCUAGUGGUUUUAGUGUGAAAGGUGGAGGAAAUGAAGGAAUAUUUAUUAAAAAAGUGCUUAAGGAAUCUCCUGCUUCAAAAAUAUUUAGUCUUAGAGAAGGUGAUCAGCUUCUAAGUGCUACAAUAUUUUUUGAUAACAUCAAAUAUGAAGAUGCACUCAAGAUUCUCCAAUAUUCCGAGCCAUACAGAGUCCAAUUCAGCCUCAAAAGAAAAAUUGCCGUGCAAGAAGAUCUGGAACACUCUUUGGGCCAGCACAAAAAGGAAAGGAUAGGCCAGGAAAAAGAAUUCAGUGAGAGCAUUCCUGAAGAAACACUGCAUGUUUCAGGAAAAUCCAUUUCAGAAGAAGACAGAGAAACAUUAAUUGUAAGCCAAAGGGUAGGAAGAAGUAAGAGACCUAAAAAAGAUAGAUUAUCGUGGCCAAAAUUUCAAUCAAUCAAAAAUAAAAAGAUACUGAGGCACAGAAGAUCUCAUAGUACAUCAGAUGCGUAUGAGCCUGCUUUGCAGGACAUUUCCCCUACAAGCACGGACACAGAGUCUCAAUUUCCACAAGAGGUCCAUGCCAAAGAGAAAAAAGGAAGCCAAAGGAAGCUGAAGUUCCCUAGCAUUGGAUUCAGAAUGCACAGGUCCAAACCAGAACCACAAGAGAAGCAAAAAAAAGAAACAAAAACGACACUGAUCUCUGAAAGAGAAAAAAUAUAUAAAGAUGAUAUAAGCCUGGAAAAUCCUGAAAUCUUAACUGUUGAAUAUACCACAUCUCCUGCUUAUGAAAUGAAAAUGGGGGAGGAACAUGAAACUUUAGCAAAAGACUUAAAAGAGAUUAAAAAUGGCAUUCCAUCUCAUGUAAAACAAUGCCCUGAAGUUGAAAUAAGCAUUAAAAAAGACAAGGAAGCAAAAUCAAAAGUUAGUGUACCUGAAGUACCAGACAUAACAACAGAGAUACCAAAGCCUAGUUUAGAAACUGCUGAUCUGAAGGUAAGCCCAACUAAAAAAUCACCACAAGCCUCAUCAAAAUCCCGAAAAAAGAAACAGAAAGGAACAGCAGAUAAAAAAGAUGGAGAAGGUGGAAUUAACAUAGACUUGAUGGGUCACUAUACUAAAGGAUCUGUACAGGUAAAAGGCCUAGAAAUUGGCACCGCUAAAGCAGAAAUACAGGCAUCUGACACACUGGAAUCAGGAGAAAAACAAGCAGAAGAAGACACACAAAUACUAAAUUAUGGAAUUUCAGUGCCCAAAAGAAAAGAGACAGAGAAGGACACUACCAAACAGGGAAGUGACAUUCCACAGUCAGGACCAGAAAAAAUAGCUGAUAUAACUUCAGAGGACAGCAGGAAUUUCAAUGUGAAAACUCUUAUGCCAGAUUCAGAAUCAGACGUAUCUUCUUGGAAAAUGCAAAUGCCGUCAUUCAAAGUGGCCAAAGCACCUAAGACUGACAUGAAAAUAACAAGAGAAGAAAGCAAAGAGGACACAGAAGGUCGUGUAAGAAAGGAAAGGAUGGAGGACGAUGGCGUACUCACAAAUGACAAAGCCUUCAAUAUGGAAAUUGGAAUGAAGAGAGAAGAAAAAGAUAUAGAGGGGAAAGAAAGCAAAUUCAGACUACCAAAAUUAAAAUUCCCUACAUUUACCUGGUCAAUUGCCAAGGAACAAACAGCCCAGCCUGAAGAAGAGAUAAGUGAAGGGGAUAUAAAAGUGCAAACCCUAGAAAAUGCAGGAGGACUUCAGGUAAGUGGACCAGCAGAAGAAAUUACACUUCCAAGUGCUGAAACAAAAAUAGGAAUAUCCGUGGAAAAAAUAGAUGAAAACUAUAUAACACAAAACCUUGAAGGACAGUUGCAGAGUCCCAAAACAAAACCAAUAAAAAUUUCCCCAAUACAAAUUAAAACCGAAGAUAGAAAGGGAAAAAUAUGUACUUUACAAACAGAAAAUGAAAUACUGAAAAGUGAAUUGAAUAAAAAAUCAAAAGAUGAAAUUUCAGAAAUAACACCAUCGAAUAUCAAAGCUCCCAAGAUGGACAUCAGCCUGCCCUCUGUCGACGUCAGCCUUCCCCAGGCCAGCGUCGACCUGCAGGCGCCCGAGGCCACUCUCAGCCUUGAAGGAGACGCCAAAGUCCCAGAGAAGGAGGCCGCCAAGACCAAGGACGGCAAGUUCAAGAUGCCCAAGUUCGGCAUGCCUUCCUUUGGCUGGUCCAGCAGCAGAGAGCCCAAGGGCACCGUGGCCGCCGAGGUGGACGUCAGCCUCCAGAAGCCUGAGGUGACGGUGCCUUCCGGAGCCACCGAAGUGGAGGUGACCCUGCCCGCGGCUGAUAUCCAAGCGCCCGGUGUGGAGGUGACCGUCGAGACGGCCACGGUAGCAGCAGAGGGUGAGAAAGGCCGAUUCAAGAUGCCCGACGUCAAGAUGCCCAGCGUCAAGCUGCCCAAAGUCAAAGCUCCCCAGGCGCAGGUCAGCCUGCCCAAGGCCGAGGUCUCGCUGCCCAAAGGCCAGGAGGGCGAAGUCGCCCUGCAGGGCCCCGAGGCCGAAGCCAGCCUGGAGGUGGCCGCUGGCAAAGCUGAGGGCGGCGGCAUGAAAAUACACAUGCCCAAAGUCAAGGUGCCCAGCGUAGUCUUCUCCAAGCCCACCGUCAAGUCUCCAAAAAUGGACGCAGACGUCAGCCUCCCGCAGGCAGAGCUCAAGGCCGCCGACGCCGACAUCACUGUCACGGCCCCCGACGUCAAGCUGCCCUCGGUCGAAGGCUCCCUCGAGCUGCAAGCGCCCGACGUAGACCUCAAAGCGCCCUCCGCCGAAGGCAAGCUCGAGCUGGAAGGCACGGGCCUGAAAGGCAAGCUCAAGAUGCCCAAGUUUGACAAACCCAAAUUCACAGUAUCCUCCCCCAAGGCCGAGGCGCCCACAGCCGAGGUCAGCCUGCCCAGCGCAGAGGUCGAGCUCCCGUCCGCCACCGUGACGGCUGCAGGGGAGGGCACCGGCGUGAAGCUGGAGAAGCCCUCCCUCAAGAUGCCCAAAGCUGACAUCAAAGCUCCCAAGGUGGACAUCAGCCUCAGCACUGUGGACGUCAGCCUUCCCAAGGACAGCGUCGACCUGCAGGCGCCCGAGGCCACUCUCAGCCUUGAAGGAGACGCCAAAGUCCCAGAGAAGGAGGCCGCCAAGACCAAGGAUGGCAAGUUCAAGAUGCCCAAGUUUGGCAUGCCUUCCUUUGGCUGGUCCAGCAGCAGAGAGCCCAAGGGCACUGUGGCCGCCGAGGUGGACAUUACUCUCAAGGAGCCUGAAGGUACGGUGCCGUCAGGAACCGCCAAUGUACAUGUGACAUUUUCUGACUCUGAAAUCCAGCCGCCCAGUUUUGAUAUUCCCCUCGAUUCUUGUACUGGUAAAGAGGAGGAAGUUGGUAAAUCUAAAAGCUCUGUAUUUAGAAUGCCUAAAAUUUCUGUUUCUAAAAGUUUCAAACCUCAUGCAGAAAGACAGUCAGGGUGUGAUAUUUCUGUUUCAGAAACGCUUUGUUAUUCUUUAACAGAGGAAAGUUCUUCUGUUCUUUCUGAGAGUGUUGAACCAAAGCGUUUGUCUGUUGUUAAGGGUGGCAGUGUGUCUAAAAGUACUAAAUUCAGAGUUCCUAGCAUUGGUUUCUCUAAAUCUGAAGUGACUUCAUCUAAUAUUGAUCUGGAGUCCUCAUUACAAAAGGGGGAUAUUACUCUUACUAAAUACCAAACUAAUCUAACAGAAUCAGAAUCAAAAAUAGCAUCUCUUGCUGAGGAAAAUCUUUCAGAUUUUGAAAUUUUAAGUGAAGAUGGUUCUGAAGAUCAGGGAGGUUUUAAGCUAGAGGGCAAAACCACAUCUGCUGAAAUGUCUUUGAUUGACACAGAGAUCACAGUUAAAAUUCCUAAAUUCCGAAAACCCAAAUUCAGAAUUCGAUCUAAGGGAAAAGCAUCUGAAAGUGAUAUUGGUUCCAACGUGGAAUCUGAAAUUUUCAAGGGAAGGAUAACAUCUGAUAUGACUGAUCCUGAUACUGAAAAACCAGCUCAAAUCUCUGAUGCCCAUCUUGGUGUAAAGUUGCAUAAGCCUUCACUUGAAGUUGUUCUGGAUGCACCAACAAUGGAUCCAAAUCUCUCAUCCUUGGAGGUUACUUUGCCAAACUUAGAAGCAGAAAUCCAUGGGCCAGAUUUAGAGUGCAAGGCAGAACAGGAAGUAGUUAAAGGAGAGAAGGGUACUGAGGAGAAAGAAAACAAAUUUAAAUCAUCAAAAUUGAAACUGCCUUCAUUUAAGUGGUCACCAAAGAAAGAAGCUUUUGCUCCUUCUCAUGUUGAGGGACAUCUGGAAGGACCCGCUUUGUCUACCUUAUCUGGAGAUAUGGGAUCUGAAUUAACUUCUCCUGCUCCUGAGAAUCAAUACCUUCAUGAAGAAUUGGAUACAACAGAAAAAGACGGUGAAAAGGCCAAAACCAAGAAGUCCCAAUUUACCAUGCCAAAGAUCUCAUUCCCUAAAAUUAAGGGUCAGAAAGUACAGGUCUCUCUGCCUGUACUGGAAACUGAUGUAUCUGGAGCCAAACAAGAAAAAGAAGGGGUUUCUGUUCAGAAAUCUGAGAAAGGAAGCAGUGGAGAAGUUGCAGGACUGUGCAUAGAAGUUCCUACAGUUACAAUCCCAACUUUGGAAUUUUCCAAACCAGAAGCCAAAGCUCCCAAAAUAGAGAUGGAUAUUAGCAUGCCUACAGGUGAGGUCAAAGUUUCUACAUGUGAAGGAGAUGAGCUGACACUGAAAUCAGCUGCUGCUAAUGCCAGCCUCUCCACCUCAAAUAUUAAGAUGAUACCUGAAGGUUCGCUUGACUUGAAGAGUCCUGACAUAAGUGUUGAAAGAACAAGUGAAAUUGCUGAGGGUGAUGUAGAGAUAAAAGCUGAAGGUUCUGAAGGGAAAACAAAAAUGUCUAAAUUCCAAAUGCCAAAGGGAGGAAUUACACUUUCUAAAGGGAAAAGAUCAGAAAAGGAUGCUGGCCAAUCCAAAUCAGAAGUCAAGGUUCCCCAGCUAAAAGCAACAGUAGAAAUAUCUGACAUUGCUGUUGAGGCACCAGGCUUGAAGGUGGAAUGUGGCACAGAAAUGGGGACUUACAGCCCUGAAGCCAAAAUUACCAAAACUGACAGUAAGACAUCAGAGACUGAUGUUCACCUCCCAUCAGCUGACAUUCCUAUUCCAAAAACAGACAGUGGUAUUCAGGAUUCAGAUGCAGCAGUAAAGAUCAAGGGGGAAAUAAAGCAAGAUGGAGACGGAGAAGAGAAAGAAGGACAUUUCAAAAUGCCCAAAUUCAAACUUCCAUCCUUCAGUUGGUCACCAAAGAAGGAAGCAAGUGUUAAAUCUGAUUCUGGAGCAAAUCUGGAAGACCAAAAGCUUGCUGUCAUGUCAAGCAGAACAGACACAGAAAUGAAAGGAACUGCAACUGAUAAUCAAGGUAGUGGGCCAGACCUUGACCUGGAAAUAGCUGCAGGAAAAGUUGAAGAAAAAAGUCCAGUUAAAAAGCCUCAAUUUGUCAUGCCUAAAAUUUCACUCUCCAAGAUCAAGGUUCCAAAAUCUCAAAAAGUUGAAGGUGAUUCUACUUUUCCUAAAACAGAAAUAGAGGGUGAUGAUUCUAUCAAGAUACCUGAUAUAGAAAAAAGUCAUCCUGAAGGGACUGAAGAAGGGGCACAAAUCAGCAUAAAACUGGCUGACACUACAGUCCACGCUCUGGAAUUUUCCAGAGUAGAAACUGAAGCCUCUAAAACUGAAAUAACAGCCAGCUCUGCAAAGAUUGAUGCUUCUUUGACUCCCUCAGAAGGGAGUUUUCAACAGGUUGACGUAAAAAUAAGUUCUACCAAUGAAUGUAGCAUUCAAAAAACAGGUACUAAACUCCCCAAAGGAGAAGCUUCAGUUGAUUUGAAGAGCCCUUGUAUAUUAACAGAAAGCUCAUCAGUUGUGGAUGGAAAAACAGUGAAAUUGGAAGGUCAUGAAGGGAAGAUUAAAAUGCCCAAAUUCCAGAAGACAAAGUUUGGAAUCUCCCGAACAAAAGGGAAAGUCCCAGAGACAGAAAUCAGCUCUCCAAAAAUAGAAGCUGAGCUACCCCAACUAAGAACAACAAAUGAAAUUGCUGACAUUGCUGUGGGAGUUCCAGCAUCAGAACUUAUAUCUGAUAUGUCAGAUCCUGGAGUAGUUGAUGGUAAGAUAAAAACACCCCAAUCUCUGAUGGAUGGCAUUAAAGAUGCAAAGGUAGACAUAAGCACCCAGUCAGUGUCUAAACCAAAGACAGAGGGAGUUAGUGAGAGUCUUGAGGAGAAGGAAAUCAAAUUAAAAGAACAUGAAAUAAAAGCUGAAGAAGUUCAGGCUGAAGAACAUCAGGGAUGGUUUAAAAUGCCAAAAUUCAGAAUACCUGCAUUUGGCAGGUCAUCCUUAAAGGAAAAAAAAAGUGAUGCCAAUAUUGAAAGUAUGGAAAAAGCUCAGGCAAGUAUUCCUUCUGCUAAAGUACAAACUGAAACAAGUGUUCCUGAAAAUACCUUCUCAUUACCACAUGCAGUUGCUGAAAUUACUAUUGGAAAAGAAGGGAUUCAAAAAUUAGGAGAUUCUGUGAAGAGUCCUAAUGUUGGCUUGCCAAAGAUUGAAGGAGAUAUUUCAUUAUCCACAGAAAGAACAGAUAGUAGAGUGAGUAUUCCACAAACUGAAACUUACGCAGAUGUAGUUAAGCGUAGUGCUGAUGGACAUACUUCAGAAAUCACAGUGUCUGCAGCAGAAUUGUCUAAAUCAUACCCAAGUGCUUCAGAAACUGACAAAGACAAGAGUUCAACAAAUAAAUUUCCUACGUGUACUGUGACAUCUCCAGAGCAUAAAGGCAAAUCACAGGAUAUAAAUGUCCAAAAGGUAGAAAGUUCCAUGAAGUUAGAGACAUCAGGGGUAGGAUGCAAACCAUCAUCAGCUGAAAUUACUCUGGAUGCAACACAGAAGAAAAUAGAUGUUAAUCUUCCAAAGGAAGAGCUAGAUAUUCAAAACAAACAGGCAGCAAUUAAAAAAGGAAAGAUAAAGGGUGAGGUGAAAAUCAUAGGAAAAGAGAGUGAAGAAAGUCACUUAAAAAGGACUAUGUGUGAAUGGUCUACAACAAAAGGAUCAGAAGAUGGUACUUACGUUACUGCUAAGCUGGAAGAUCUAAAGGUAGAAGUUCCAACAGUGAAGACAGAUGUUAAAAUUACUGAAGUAGAUCCUGAAAUGAAAUUUCGAGUGAAAAGUGUUGACAAGGAUGUGUUUGCAGGAGUGGAAGUGCAAGUAGAAGACAGAGCAGAAACAAGUAAAAUUAAAGCAUACAAGUUUAAGAUUCCAAGGUUUGGAAUGUUGCAUUCUGAAAUCAGGGGGUUUGAAGAUGAUACCCAUUUGCCAAAGUCAGAAGCUGAUUCAGCACCUAAAAGUGAAAGAGGCACAGCAGAAAUGCAGUUACCAAAACCAGAAGAAUCAAUUGGCCUGAAAAGUCCAGCUCUAGAUCAUAUAGAAGCAUCUGCCAGCAUAACAGGGGAAACAGUGGACCGAACACAAGGUGUCCCAGAAGUAAGUGUAAGAAUUCCCAAACUAAAAAUACCAAGAUUCACUUUCAGAACUUCCCCAAUUGAAGCUGAUGUUUCACUGUCAAAAGUAGUAACAGAUCCGAAGGGAUCUAGUACUGACAUUGAAAUAGUGCAACUGCAAGCAAGCUCUGCUAUCCUUGAAGAAACACCAGGAGCUGUAGAGGGGAGUGUUCAAAAAGCAAAAAGCAAAAUUUUAACUCUGACUGAACCUGACAUUAAAACAGCACAAAUGACAGCCACCAUAGAGUCCUCUCUUUCAAGUGCAGGGCAAGACAUUCAUUGGUCUUAUACAGAGGGCCAAGAAGUAAGUGAAAAAGUAGAACCUGAACAUGUUGCUAUUGAGCGGUGUGAGAUUUACACUACUGAAAUACUGAAAGAAUCAGAGAUUCUGUCAUCAGAGGUCAAAACUGCCACUUUGGGAUUCUCAUUGCUCAAGGCCAAGUUGCCUGAAUCACACAGUGAUUUAGACAUGCUGAUCCAGCAGCCAUCUCCAACAGGAGAUGCAUCAGUGAGAAAACCUACAGGUGCUGGUGAAAGCUUUGGAGUAGCAGCACAGAGAACUGGCAGUGCUGAGCUUAAACUAUCCGACAAACCACACCACGAGUCUGAAGAAUCGAGAGGAAAAGUAAGUUUGUCAAAGUUAAAAACAUCUGUUGCUGAAGUAAAGGGUUCCAGUAAACUUGAAGAGAGUUUUCCUGAUAAACCACCAGAGGGAAUAACUGCAGCUCCUCUCUCUGAAGAUGAAGAUGUAGUUGAAGCAGUGGAAGGUGAAGAAAAAGACACAACCAAUGAGAAAGAAAAGACUGAUAGUAAAAGAUCUCCUGGAAGAUUUAAAUUUUGGCUUCCAAAUAUUGGCUUUUCAUCUUCUGGGGAUGAAACAAGCACAGAUGCAAAAGCAGAAAUAAAAAAAUCGGUUCCAGAAGAUGUGAAACCUGCUGACACAUCAGAUGAUUCCUCUAAGCAGGCUGAAAAAGCUGGAUGGUUUAGAUUUCCCAAGCUUGGUUUCACAUCUCCUUCCAAAAAGGCUAAGUCUGUUGAUAAAGAAGAGGUGGGUCAUAAAGAGGGAAGACUCUCAGAUGAAGAUAGUCCAACAGAUAAGCCAGAUGUGUUUUUUGAUGCACAAGAAAGCUUAUCACCUAAAGAAAUAGGAGAAGGUGAAAAAGCUGAAACUGACGGGGCCUCAUCUAUCGUGACAUCUUCAGCAAGAACUGAACUAAUCUUGUUGGAGGAAGAAAAAGAUAGUAAAUCUAAUAUUGCUGGAGAUACAACCAAAUGAAGGUUGUAUUUUUGCAAUCCUCAAUCCUCCAUGAAAACAAAAUAAUCCACAGAAGAGAAUGUUUUCCUGAUUUUCUGCUAACUGAAAAUUAAAACCCAAGGUUAGUAUUCAUGAAAACACUUGAACAGAAUUUACUAAAUUCAAAUUUUCAAGUUCAUGGAUGUACGAGAUUGUACACUAAUAAUAAGAAUUACUUCUUCAUAUCUACCCCAAGGACAACAAUUAUGACAUGUGCAGAUGAGCCCAUAGGUUGAGCAAAGUCUGGGUAGAUACCAGAACCAUGAAAGUAAAUAAUUGAAAGGCUCAACAGUACCAAAAGACUUGUUAAAGAGGCUUUUCAAAACACAUCAGUUAUAUUUAGAUUACAGAUUGUUUUCAGAAUGGGCUCUAAACUAUUAUGAGAACUAUACUUACCUGUUUAGAUUUGGGAACUUUCUGAUCUACUUUUGCUUUGUUAUUAAAAUGUUUUUUUCUUUAUUUCAGCUAAGGUAGUAUAUAUAUUCCACAAACAUUUUAAAAUAUAAAAAUUAAAUAUUAGUGUAGAAAGACUAAUGCUUUGCCUCUUCCUCUCUUCUCAUUUUUUUUGUUGUUGUGGCAGGUCAUAUUUAGCCUUACAAUAUUAAAAAAAUAAAACCAAACAGCAAAAACCAACAGAAUAAUUUCAAGACCAAAAACCAUGCAACUAAAUCAUGUUUGUAAGAUACCAGAAUAAAACAUGCUUCCAAAGAAUAUUAUUCAAAUGUGGAUAAAUAAAUUUUAAUGUAUAUACUUAUGGGAUAGUUAAAUGCUUAGAAUGAUCUGCCACACUGGUGGAAUUGCUUCAGAGAUUUUCUGGGAAAGGAGGUGUAUAUAAUUAUUUGCUCUUUUGUUUAUAUUAACGCUUCUCUCAAGUGCACAAUGAAAACCAGGGGGGCAUACGUGACAGCCUUCACAUGUACCAUUAAAACACUGUAUUCUUAAUUCACAAUAAACUCACUAUACAAAUAA